AGGGAAGCCAUUUUGCUGCUAUGCCUGUGCUACAUGUCCAGAUGGAAUGUUUUCAAACCAGAAAGGAACCACAGAAGGAAGGAGAGGAAUGAGAUAAACACGUUUGGUUUCAGGCCAUCUGCUACUCAAGUUGCAUCACGGAGACUAAAAUUGCUCAACAAUUUAUCACCCAUCAUCAGAUACAUCAGAAACCCUUCUCAGGAGAAGAUCAACAUUCCAGGGGUGAUGACAAAGUUCUACCAACACAUUCUGGCUUUUGUAUUUGCCAUUGAUGAGAUCAAUGAAGAUCCCGCAAUCUUGCCCAACAUCACUCUUGGCUUCCACAUCCAGGAAAGCUACAGUGAUCCAAGGAUGACCUAUCGCACCACUUUAGAUUUGCUUUUCAACUCACAGCAGUUCGUGCCCAACUACCAGUGUGGCGCUGAAAAAAAUGUUGUAGGCGUCAUUGGUGCACUGAGCUUUGAAACCUCCUCAUGCAUGGCAGACAUUCUGGGUCCUUACAAGAUUCCACAGCUUUCAUAUGGCUCCUUCAUACCCAUGAAUGAUCAGCACAAUCUGCAUUCUUUUUACCGCAUGGUCCCCAAUGAAGCCCUGCAAUACCAAGGACUUGUCCAGUUACUUCUCCAUUUCCAGUGGACGUGGGUGGGGCUCAUGGCUACAGAUGAUGGUGGUGGAGACCAGUUCUUGAGAAACAUGGAGCCCCUACUUGUGCAGAACUGGAUCUGCUCAGAAUUCACAAGAAGGGUGGCAGUAACUUGGUACAUAAAAGACGACUUAAACGAAAUGGUCCAUAUAGUAUGGAAUCAUGUGGAAUACAUACUGGGAAGCAAAGCCAAUGCCAUGGUAAUCCAUGGAGGAGCUUCAGCCAUUACAUGGCUGGGAUGUCUUCUUUAUGCAAGUUCUUUAGCUCAGCAAGUAUUUCCUCAGUAUAAGAGGAGGCUCUCCUCAGCAAAAGUAUGGAUCACAACAGCACAAAUUGAUUUCUUUGUAAGUGGUUUGGGAACACUUAGUGGAUUUGACAUACAAAUGCUUCAUGGUGCCCUCUCCUUUACCAUUCCUUCCAAGGAACCUGAAGGCUUUCAAGAGUUUCUAGAGCUUGUCAAACCUUCUUGGGACAAUGAAGAUGGCUUUAUUGAUCUUUUUUGGGAAUAUGCAUUUCUUUGUUUAACUUCAAGUUCUCUUCUGAGUUUCCGUGGUGGAAGAUGUAGAGGAAAUGAGAGUUUGGAGACCCUUCCUCGAUCCAUUUUUGAAUUGAGCAUGAGUGGCCACAGCUACAGUGUCUACAAUGCGGUCUACACUAUUGCUCAUGCUUUACACAGCUUGUCCUCAGCUACACCCAACCACAGAGGAAUAGUAAGUGAAGACAGAGCAUCUCUUCAGGGUGUACAGUCCUGGCAGUUGCAUUCAUUCAUUCAGAAGACUUCAUUCAACAACAGUGCAGGAGAGGAAAUUACGUUUAACCAACAUGGAGAAUUAGAAGGAGGAUUUGACAUUACAAACUUGGUCACUUUCCCUAAUCGGUCCUAUAACAGAGUCAAAGUGGGAAGGAUAGAACAUCAAGUUUCUUCAGAGAAAAGAUUCACCAUGGAUCAGGACAAAAUUGAAUGGAACAGAAAAUUGAAGCAGGAAACUCCUGGUUUUCCUCUCUUCAAUCGCAUAGCUUGUCCCAACCACAGAAAAGUCGACCAUGAGUUGCCAUUGGGAAUGAAGGAUCUGUGUCCUCUCUAG